UCUGGAGAUAAAGAAAGAGAAGAUAUCCUCAUCAUCUACUCCUCAGAACUGACUCCUCAGUGGAGACUGGAGAGAGAGAGAGGGACUGGGGACAAGGUGGGGAAGGUAGAGAGAAGAUAAUGGAAAAAAGCUGUCACUCAUCUGGUGAUUCCACCAGCAACAAUAAUAGCAGCAGCAACAGCAACAGCAACUACCAACAGCACCACCAUCAGAACAACAGCAGCAGCAGCAGCAAUAGCAGAGAUCAAUAUCUCAAGCAGCUCAAUAGAUUUUCUCAUAAGAUAUCUAAAGAUUCAAAACCCCCACCCAUCGGUAAAUACCCUCUUGACCUCCACCAUCAUCAUCAGCAGCAGCAGCAAAGUCAACAACAACAACAGCAGCAGCAACCUCCGGUGUAUAACAUCAACAAGAACGAUUUCAGAGACGUAGUUCAGAAGCUAACAGGUUCCCCUGCUCACGAACGAAACUUCUCCACUCCACCACCCAUCCACCCUCCCAAGCCCCAGAGCUCUCGCCUCCAGCGUAUUCGGCCACCACCACUUGCCCAUCUCAGCCCUCGACCCCCACCUCCCCUAGCCAACACCAUCCUCCCUCCCACCACCAGUACCACUGCCACUACCGCUGUGGCUGCCGGUGGUGCCACCAAUGUUGCUACCUUCGCAAACAACGCUGUCAACAUCAACAGCGCCGGAAAUUUUGUGGGCAACAACAAUGGGAGGCCGGUGACUCCUUUAUCGCCUCUCCCACCUUUCCCAGCCGUCCAUGCCGCAGCGGAAUCACCCAUCUCCGCCUACAUGAGGUACCUCCAGAGCUCCAUGUCGACCGUCGAUUCGGACUCCAAGCGCUUCUCCUCCGGGCUCUCGCCGUUGGUGUCGCCUCGGUGGAAUAACCCUAACUCAUUGCAGCCACAGGUGUCGCCCCGGUGGAACAAUAACAACAACAACAACAACGCUGGCCCAUUACAACCACCACCACCACAGCCACAGCUGCAGUCGCAGUUGCAGCAGCAGAUUCUGUUUCCUUCCUCCACAGCGGCGAUGUCUCCGUCACAGUUUCUGAUGCCUUCUUCGCCUCUGCCAUUUGGGAAGCUUCCAUCACCGCGGUCGCCAUAUCCUCUGCUUUCGCCAACGUUUUUGUUCUCUCCGACUUCGGGUCAAUUAGGGUUUCCUCAGUUCCCUCCGUCGCCAAGGUUGCCCCUGUCUAGUCCAAGGUGGAGAGAUCUAUGAGGUUCAGUACGUCACAAAGUAGAGAGGGUAAACCUUCUUUACUUGCUGGAGCUCAAUUUAGGGUCCCCCUUCCUUACUUUUGUUAUUUUUUUACUGUACAUUUGGGUUGGGAUGGAGGGGAUUGAUAUUUAAAUCGCUGGUCGUCAGGAGGAUUGAGAUCUGGCACUGGUUGAAAAUUGGAACUUUAUUCUGUAAAUGAAUAUCAUAGACAGAACCAACAGUAUAUGUUCUUCUGUUUAUGGUGGGUAGAUAGUUCUCUCCCUUAAAUUCAAGUCAAAAUGUUGCAUUUGUUGUAUUGGCUAUUGAUAAAACAUUAAAGCCUCUUGCAAUAUAUAAAUUAAGCUCUUAGGAUUUAUGAAUUUU